AUGGCCGCUGUCUCCAAGACUUCCCGACCUCCGAACCACGAGCCACAGUCUAACGAGGCCAACCUGCAACCUCGUUCACGCACCACCACCAGCGCCAACCCCAACCCUAUUACCACCACCACCACUACCAACACUGCUACUCAAUCAUCUGCUGCUGCCACUGCUGCUGCUGCCGCUACCACCACCUCCUCCACUACCACCAACACCAACACUACAUCAUCAUCGACCGAUCCCUACCACGCUGUCCCCGUCUCUUCGGUCAAUCGCCCGUAUUACCGUUCUCACCACCACUCGCCAUCAAUCAGUUCUUUGCAAAAGCUGCAACGUUCUGGCGGUCUCUUUGGCUUCGCUGCUGCAGCCUUUGACAAGACCCAAUCCGCUCUCGCGACCUUCUCCUCAGACCAGUCUGUACGCCAGCGCGCCUCCAGUUCCGCAUUAGGCAGGGCCUCUUUCACCCCCGACUCGGCUUCCGACGCUGCCAGUAUUGGCCCGACAGACAAAUACCCACGAUACACGAGUCCCUCCAACUACUCGUCGUCGUCGACCAGCACUCUCAACCACCCAGAGGGCAAGUAUCCAAGCCAGUUGUCGCUGGUCCAGGAUCCACCCUCUCAACCCUACAGCGAAACCGACCCCAACAGGCCUCUGCCCAUUCGGCUGCCGAAUAUCGAGAGCAAGAUGCAUCAAACAUCGUCGCGGCUCCUCCGCAUGACGGACGAUGACCGCCCAUUCACAAAGGACUUCAAGGAUCUCUUCUCGACCCUGAUUGUCAGCCUCUUGCCUUUGUCCGCCCACCGAGUACGAUUGACGAGAGUGGAAAACACCUUUCUGUCCGAAGAUGCGAUCAACAACCUGGGUUCCCUCAAGUUCUCCCAAUCCAACAGAAUGCCCGACCCCAAGGACCCCUCCAGGAUAGUGACAACCACGACGACAACGACCUUCUCCAUGGCCAAGGACAUGGCCCGCUCCAUUUGCCAAAAGUUCCUCGAGGCGAGAUUCAUCGAGUCGGCCGACGGAAAGUACCAGCAGGUGUACAACAUGAAGGGCUCCGUGUGGCAACUGACUCCCAAGGGCGUCACCGUGCUCGACCGCUUCUGCUCCCGCAACGGCAUCCAGCAAAAGUCCAUUUCCGACCUGGUCGGCGCCACGCUAUCGCAAUUGGUCAUUCUCGAGAGGGACGGCCAGACUGACAAGCUCAUCACAGACCGUGGCACCAUCGAGGUCAUCUUCAGGAGAUUUAUCGGCGCACACGGCCCCAACGUCAAGUCAAGCGUCAGCUCAGCCGAUUCUGACUCUUUGAGCGAUUACAAGGAUGGUCUUACCGGUGUCAAGAUGGCUAGCGAGCGCAAGGUCAACGGCAAGACAUACAAGGACACCUUCACCGGCAAGGCUGCCACUGACUGGCUGAUGGACUGCUGCACAACCGUGGACCGUCGGGAGACGUACGACAUUGCGUCUUUGUUCGUGGAGUACGACCUCAUUGAACCCGUGGUACAGGAUCGGGCACACAUGGCACAGUACCCGAGCAACAACCUGUUCCAACCCACCAAGCACUCCGUCUAUCAAUUGACGGCCAAGGGCAAGGAUCUCAUUAACGGUAUCGGCGUGAGAGGACGGACAUCGGAGAGCGAAGCCGCCACGCCGGCUUCUUCUCGCAACGUCAUUGCGAGAGACUCCAACACCCAGAGAUUGGACAAGAUCCUCAACGACGCUGCCCUGCGUCUGCUGUUCAGGGAAAAUCUGAGAGAAACGCACUGCGAGGAGAACCUGUCUUUCUACCUGGACGUCGACGAUUUCGUCCGCAGCUGCCGACAAGCAAUCAGGGUCGCCCAGAAGAACCCGAAUGCGAACUCGAUGGACGGCAUCAAGGAGAUCAUGGCGCAGGCCUAUGGGAUUUAUAAUGCAUUCCUCGCCCCCGGAUCUCCCUGCGAGUUGAACAUUGAUCAUCAACUUCGCAACAACCUGGCCACUCGCAUGACCAAAGCCGUUGGCCAAGACGUCGCUAUGAUUGAUACUCUGCAAGAAGUCAUGUCCCUGUUUGAGGAUGCGCAAAAUGCAGUUUUCAAGUUGAUGGCUAGCGACUCGGUGCCCAAAUUCCUGAGGAGCCCCAAAUACGAGCACACUCUGAAGAACUACGACUUUGACUCAGUCGGCGGCCGUGGUGUAGAACGCAGCACGAGCCGAUCGAACCGCAAAUAA